UCUCGUUACUAAGGAAACGGAAUCAUCCAUUGUAUGCAGCAUGAGGGGGAGGCGGCGCUGUGGAAAUGUUGUAUUUUGUUAUCCUCAACAACUUCACUUUGAAGUUUAGAGUCCCUUAAAAUAAUCUGGUGAAUACAAUCACCGCGCUCUCCCCGCACACACUCUCUUCCGUUAUUUCCUCUCUCUCACACAGCACGUGACCCAUACAGCCCCCCGGAGGAGGUCGGAAUCAGUCCCGUGUCCCGGCAGUUGGUGUGAGAGGUUGGGAGUUGUAGCACGGGCCAGCAGCAGGAGGAGGGGGGCAGCUGUGGGGUUGCAGAGGGGCUCAGUCAUAUCGGUUCCGGGUGUUGGUCCGGCAGCAUCUCGGCCCGUGUACUGCAUGCAGGUGAUAAAUACAGUGUUUCUUAUAUUGAUCAAUCCAGUUGGAGAAUGGAGAACUACAUACUUUAUGACGAAGUUGGAAAGGGAAGCAAGUCAGUUGUAUACAAGGGUAGAAGAAAAGGCACAAUCAAUUUUGUUGCAAUACUUUGCAUAGACAAAAGUAAAAGAGCAGAGAUUACAAAUUGGGUCCGCUUGACUCACAUUAUUAAACACAAAAAUGUGGUGACUUUUUAUGAGUGGUAUGAGACCAGCAACCAUCUGUGGCUUGUCAUGGAGCUGUGCACAGGAGGUUCACUAGAAACUGUCAUUGCUCAGGAUGAGCACUUACCUGAACACACCAUUCGAGAAUUUGCAAUUGAUAUAAUUUCGGGACUUCGGUACCUCCAUGAAAUUGGGAUUUUCUUUUGUGAUAUGACUCCCCGGAAGAUUCUCCUGGAUGGACCUGGCACCUUGAAGUUAACAAACUUUAGUUUUUCGAAAGCUGAGGGAGAGAAUCUAGAAGAAUUUUUUGCAAUGGUAGGAUCAGAGGAGAAUUCUGGCGAUAUGGGAGAAUCGACACCACGAAGAAACUUAAGAAACCGAAUAAAAGGAUCUCCGGUUUAUGCUGCCCCAGAAGUAAUAAAAGGAGCAGAUUUCUCAGCUGCUAGUGAUUUUUGGUCCUUAGGAUGUGUGUUAUAUGAAAUGUUCGCUGGGCGACCUCCAUUUUUCUCAGAAAGCUUCUCAGAACUAACAGAGAAGAUUGUAAAUGAAGACCCAAGUCCACCCGAAGGUCCAGUAUCUGCCAAGCCAUCUGCCGAGUUCCAGUCCUUACUCAGUGCUUUACUACAGAAGGACCCCCUGAAACGCAUUACGUGGACUAAAUUAUUGCGCCAUUCGUUCUGGAAAGAUGCAUUUUCUGGUGGCGACAGCGGACUCCCGAAUGUUGGGGUCCUCAGGAUAAACAGUGAGGCUCUGGAUUGUGACACCAAAGAGAAGCCUGCACCUUUACACAAGUCAUUUAAGAUUGAAAAUCCAGCAGAUUUAAGACCCAAAAGUGCCCUUGAUGGAGAAUCGAAUGAGACCAUUUUCUCACUCAGCUCAUACACUACCCCACGAGGAGGUACUGCUCCAACGAAAGUCAAUAAAUCACCAGAUAACAUCCGCAACUCUGUGCAAGGGACUGCAGAAGUAACAAAGUAUGUGUGUAACGGAUGUACAGGAAAUCUUUUAAAACAAAUUGUUUUCAUCCAGGCCUGCUGGACACCUUUGCUUAGAGACACACAAAAGUCUCCCUUUAUUAUCACCUUCCCACAGGUGGAUAAUGCAUGUUCCGAUCAGCAGGACUUUCAGAGGAAAAUAAGAAACCUUAUAUUCACAGAUUCUGAUCUCAUUGUAACGCCAAUUAUAGAUAAUCCAAAGAUAAUGAAGCCAUCUCCAGUAAGAUUUGAUGGGAAAACACUUGGCUUUCCUGCACAUUCAGCUGAAAAAGUUGCCGCUCUGAAAGAGCCUGAAUGGAACAACUUUGUUGGACAGCUCUUCUCCUUACUGGACUCUGCAGAGAAAUCAGCACCACGUGCCAAACUCAACCUACUCUGCUACCUGUGCACUGUGUCUGGACAUAGAGAUGUGGCCACUAAGCUUAUCAACUCACAGAUCUUUUCAUCACUUAUACAGCAGCUACGUGGAGCAGUAAACUGGGACAUACGUGCAAAGGUGGUGAGGGUCAUUGGCUUGUUGGCUGCACACACCACAGAACUUAAGGAGAACGUGCCUGUCAUAGAGGCAAUCACCUUGCUGACCGAGCUGAUCAGAGACAAUUUCCGGAAUAGCAAGUUGAAACAGUGCCUCUUACCGUCCCUUGGAGAGCUAAUUUAUACUGUUGCUAUUCAAGAGGAAAAAAAAGAUGAGCCCAGAGACAUCUGGACCAUUCCCUCGGCUGCUUACACUGUGCUAAUGAGGUGCCUUCGGGAAGGGGAAGAGCCUGUCAUUCAUCAUAUGACUGCAAAAAUUAUUGAAAACGUCUGCACAACAAUAACCUCACAUGUCCAAGGAUUCAUUACAGGAGAGAUUGGUCCUGCACUGUGGUAUCUUUUUACCCACUCAACCGUAGAUUCUCUUAGGAUAACGGCUAUAUCGGCUUUAUGCAGGAUCACCCAUCAUGCCCCCACAGCCUUCCAGAGCGUCAUUGAGAAAGUGGGACUUAUGUCGGUGAUAAACAUUUUAGUGACUGGAAUAGCCAAAGUGCAGCAGUACAUGCUGACCAUGUUUGCUACAAUGUUGUCAUCUGGAAUUCAUCUACAAAGACUUACACAGGAGAAGGAUUUUGUUACAAAGAUAGUGCGUCUUCUAGAAAGCCCUUCAACGGUGUUACGAGCCAAAGCUUUCCUGGUCAUUUUGCAAGUUUUAAUUAACAACAAAGAGAUGUUACUGCUGUGCUGCCAAAGCAGACUUGUGAUGUACAUUGAAAGAGACAGCAGAAAAACCACACCAGGAAAGGAGCAGCAAAGUGUCAACGAAUACCUGUCAGUAUGCCUGGACCUCCUCAUCCAUCAUAUAGUACAGGAGCUUCCAGGAAUUCUGGGUGAUAUUCUCAGUGCCUUGUCUAAUGUGUCAGGACGUAAACAUCCAUCAACUAUUCAGUCUAAACAGUUGAAAAUGUGCCUUCCUAAUAUGGCAAUAAUUCUUCAUCUUGUAACAUCUCAGGUUUUUCGUUCCCAAGUCAUCACUGAGGAAUUCCUAUGCAACUUUGGCACAUUGCUUCGACUAAUUAAAUCUGUGGACACUGGUGAGACUAAUUUGGAAGGAGCAGUGGGUCAACCUGCAUCAGAUGAACUAAUCAGGACAGCUCUAUCAGCGUUUGAAGCUGUAACACAGCAUCCUGUCUUGUUGACACUCCACCACUCCCCAGUUGUGGACACUAUCCUCCCACCUUUAUGCUCCCUGGUGUGCAGUCAGAAUGUGGAAUGGAGGCUGUUCAGCUUGCGGCUACUUGCAGAGACCACUUCACUGCUUGUAAACCAUGAAGCCAUGGCUGAGGGGAGAAAGGAGGUCCUUCAAUCAAAUAGCACAUUCCUGUCUUUGGUCAGAAAGUCAUUGCUUCCACAAUAUGAACGAAUACUUGCGGAACCCGACCCGGUGCCUGUGUAUGCUUUAAAAUUGCUAGUGCCUUUGACUGAAUACAGUCCUCCAUUUAUCAGGGUCAUUGAAGACAGCAACCUGGUUCCUGUUCUGUUUCAAGUGAUUUUGACGCAUCAAGAUAACAUUCUGGGAAAUGUUAUUCAAAAUGUGAUCUCUUUAUUGUACAACUUGGUUUCUCAUCAAGACACAAACAUGAAACUCCUCUAUGAACAAGGACUGGUCCAUCAUGUGUCCAACUUGAUUGUUGAAACAGCAGCUUUUUAUCUUGAAGUUGAUGACAAAAGUCGGCUGAAGACUGCCAAUGCCCAACUCCUCUUGCUGCUUGACAUUUUGAAUUGCAUGCUGAAAUAUACAUCUGGUAUAAUACGACUGGCUCAAAAGACUGGCCAACUUGAAGACACUCGGACAGCAGAGGAUCUUCUGCUUGUGAACAAACCUCUGACAGAUCUAAUUAGUUUGCUUGUUCAGCUGCUGCCAUCAGACGAUCCAGAAAUCUAUGAAAACUCAUCACAGUGUUUGUCACUGAUGGUCCAAUUCUAUGGUGGAGACAAUCAGGACAGUAUGACUUCAGACAACAUGGAGAGCUUUGCUCAGGCUCUACUGUGUAAGAGAGAGCCAAAGCAGCAAAAGCUACUACUAAGAGUGGUUAAAAGACUGGUUAUCACUUAUUUGCUGACACCUGUGCUCCAUUAAAGUACACCCUCUAUAUUUGUUGAUGAUCCCUAACCACUAGCCCACAGAUCAGGGUGUUUCAGUAAUACAUUUGGUGUAUACAGGUAAACGGCCACCUGGUUGUUAGGUGCUGAUGUAACACAAUUAUACCACUCAGUAGUGUUAAACGUUAUUACUUGUCCUACAUUUUUUUACCUAGUGGCUAUUCACAUAAUACUUGAAACUGAGAAGUAGCUAGGUGAUUAUAAUACUAAUAGGUUAGCUUCUGUAACCCUUUAAUUACAGUACGCUACGCUCUAAGAAUCACAUAAGUCAGGUGGACAAAACUUAUGUUAGCACACUGUGUGGGUAACGGAUUAUAUCCACCUGGUGGACAAGUGCUGCUGUAACUCAGCUAUAUAUUUUUUAUCCCAAAGGAUUGGGUUACUCUAUGUCCCUAGUAUAACAACGAUAUCUGUUGGCUAUGUGUAUAAUACACUACUCUGAAUAGUUGGUCAGAGUCUAUCAAUGUUGACAGAGUAAUUCUCGUAAUUGUCAUGCCAAUAUUUCAGAUGUGAAAAAGGGUUUACUGUGUGAUGGGUUAGGCCAUUCCAGGUUCUGUCCUCUUUUUUCCCUCAAUAGAAUACUAGGCAAUUUAUAACAAACUUUUUCCUCAUUGACUCAAUUUUGGCCAAGGGCGUAUACAAAAAUAUCUAAUUUUUUCUGGCUGGCCUUUGGGGGAUGGACAAGUUCCUUGGUAGACCAUCCUGCUCAGGUGAUCUAUCUCAAGAUUCUUCGACAGCAAUGGUUUGCAAAAACAAGUCUACUGGUAACAAGCUACCCUCUCACGGUUCGGCAAGCUCUUCCAAUGCUGCGGUCAAUCCUCCACCUGGGCAAGGAGUUAUUGUAGUUCCUGCCUCUAUCGCACAUAUGGUAGAAGCAAUGAUCCCCUAAUUGAUAAAUCUCCUCCUCCAGCUUCUCCACAUUCUAGUGUAUGGCAAAUUGUUAAUAAAUUCAGGUCAUCUCAGAAUCUUGUAGACUCUUGGCGCAUACUUAACCCAACUGAAAGGUCUUAAGGGCCCCAUACACUAAAACGAUAAUGCUCGAUUUCAUCCGAUUUCGACCUUUCGGGCCGAUAAAUCGAAUGAAAAAUGGCAAAUCGGAUGUUUUACAUCCUAUCUUAUCUGAUGCGCGUCCCGUGAGCAUCAGAUCGGAGCCCCUACGUCGUUAGUGCUGCAAUUGUGAUAUGUCUGAUCCCGCAGGCAUGGCUGGGAUCGCAUACGAUACAUCGUAUGCAAAAGGACCGCAUACAAUGUAUCGUAUGUGAUCCUGCCACCCGGGAAGCUGCCGGGCGGUUCAAGGGAAAUUGCCUCCGACUUCAGCCUCAGAUAUAUCGUUGUAGUGUAUGGGGCCCUUUACACCCAUCUCUCCGCUGUCCAUAGAACUCUUUCAAGAAUCGAUUAUAUUUUAAUUUCCGACUCAUUGGUCUUUCAAGUCCAGGAGACGUCUUUGGGAGACAUAGUGAUUUCGGCUCAUGCCUUAAUCAGUAUAUCAAUUUCUUAUCAUUCACCAAAUUCUUUUUCUCGUAUGUGGCGAUUUCCAUGAUAUUUAGCAUGUUCAGUUAAUUUUAAAAAUUUCCUAAACUAUAAAUGGAUUGAGUUUGUGGAUGAUGAUAUAUCACAUCUGGAUGAUCCAAUAUUAUUUUGGGAAACAUCUAAGGCGGUCAUGAGGGGCCAUAUAUUUGGCUGUGUUUCUGCAAAACGCAAGGAAGAAAGAGCUACAUUGCAAACCCUUCAAAAGGCAAUGACAGAAGCCUUCCAAACAUAUGUGGACAUCCUAAUGAUUUUGUAUUGUACAAACAAGCUCGUCAUCUUGUGGAAACAUCUUUUAUCCCAAUUCAAGUAUAAAAUUGAUCAUACAAAAAAACAAAUAUUUUAGGUGGGGAAACAAAUCAGGCAAACUAUAAGCUCAUAUGUCUAAAGGGGGUCACAAAAGAAACUUUGUUCAUGUGAUUAAUAAUCCCUCAAAUGGGGAGGUAUAUACCCAAAACUCCUCCAUAAUGGCUCAAUUUCAUUCAUUUUAUGAACAAUUGUACAGAUCUAAACCAAUAGAUGUAAUGCUACAAGACAACCUAUUUAACAAGGCACACCUACCCAAAUUGUCUGUUGAUCAAAAAAAUUACCUAGAGCAUGACAUUUCUUUGGAGGAAUUACAGGAUACUAGUUCGGGUUUGGCGUCUAAUAAGGUUCCUGGUUUCUCCUGCUAAUAAGGCUAAUUCUCCUGCUUGCUCCUGGCUAAUAAGGCUGAAUGGUUUCAAGAGUCCAUAUUUUAAAUUGCUUCAACAAGAAAUUAACCCGCUCUUGCCAGAUCUCUAUCGUGUAAUACAUAGACAAUCCCCCCAGUAUCCUACAUUUAACACGUCCCAUACAAUUUUUUUGCCCAAACCAAAUGAAAACCCUCAAUCGGUUUCGUCCUACAGACCAAUUACUUUAUUAAACCUUAAUUUUAAAAUAAUGGCUAAUAGAUUACAAUCCAUUCUGCCAGAUCUACUAACUCCCAACCAACUCAGGUUUGUAAAGGGUCGGCAUUCUAUUAAGGGCAUUCAAAUGGCUAUAGAUGCCACAGUUAUCUCAGUAGAGGAUGUAAACUCAAACAAUUUAUUAUUAAGUCUAGAUACCCAAAAGGCCUUUGAUACUGUACUUUGGCCACAUCUCUACAAAAUUCUCACACGCAGAGCAUUCGGACAAGAUUUUAUAGGCCUGAUACGUUGUUUUUAUGAUUCCCCAAGAACGACUCUACUUCUCAAUGGACAGCGGGGAGAUGAAGUGGUGAUGUAUAGAGGCACUAGACAGGGGUGUCCCCUAUCCCCCCUUCUAUUUAACCUUUCCUUGGACCCUCUUCUUAGGUUAAUACAGCAAGACUCUCACAUUGAAGGUAUUAAAGUAGGAUCUAGGGAGAUUAAAGCCACGGCAUUUGCGAUGAUAUGUUGAUAUAUUUGUCCGAUUCUUUGAUGCAGGAUUUUGGGGCUAUAUCAGGCCUUCAAAUCAACCCCGACAAAUCUGUGACAUUGUAUCUAAGGCCAGGAUAUACUUGUCUGUCUUGGCAUUCAUAGAAACAUAGAAUUUGACGGCAGAUAAGAACCACUUGGCCCAUCUAGUCUGCCCCUUUUUUUUAUCCUUUAGGCAAUCUCAACCCUUUUUGAACCUUAAUUCUUUGUAAGGAUAUUCAUAUGCCUAUCCCAAGCAUGUUUAAAUUGCUGUACAGUCUUAGCCUCUACCACCUCUGAUGGGAGGCUAUUCCACUUAUCCACUACCCUUUCUGUGAAGUAAUUUUUCCUUAAAUUUCCAAUGAACCUCUCCCCCUCCAGUCUCAGUGUAUGUCCUUGAGUUCUAAUACUUCUCUUCCUUUGAAGAAUGUUUCCUUCCUGAACUUUGUUAAGACCCUUGAUAUAUUUGAAAGUUUCUAUCAUGUCCCUCCUUUCCCUUCUCUCCUCCAAACUAUACAUGUUAAGAUCUUUUAGCCUUUCCGGGUAAGUUUUGUGAUAUAGGCCAUGCACCAUUUUAGUUGCCCUUCUUUGUACACUCUCUAAUGUAUUUAUAUCCUUCUGGAGAUAUGGUCUCCAGAACUGGACACAGUAUUCCAGAUGGGGCCAUACCAAUGACCUAUACAGUGGCAUUAUCACUUCUUUUUUCCUGCUACUGAUUCCUCUCCCUAUGCAACCAAGCAUCUGACUUGCCUUUCUCAUUGCUUUGUUGCAUUGCUUUCCUGACUUCAAGUCACUUGAAAUAGUGACUCCUAAAUCCCUUUCCUCCUCAGUAGUUUCCAUUAUAGUACCCUUGAUACUAUAUUUAGCCUUUGGGUAUUUGAGACCCAAGUGCAUGAUUUUGCAUUUUUUAGCAUUAAACUGUAGUUGCCACGUUCUUGACCAUUUCUCAAGCCUACCUAGGUCAUCAAUCAUUUGUUUUACCCCUCCCAGUGUGUCUAUCCUGUUGCAUAUCUUUGUAUCAUCUGCAAAAAGGCAUACCUUCCCUUCAAUACCAUUUGCAAUGUCACCAACAAAGAUAUUAAAGAGAACUGGACCAAGUACGGAUCCCUGGGGUACUCCACUGGUAACAUUUUCCUCCAUAGAUUGCACUCCAUUAAUUACAACUGUCUGUUUCCUAUCCUGCAACCAGUUUCUUAUCCAUUUAACUGUUAUAAUCCACCCCCACGCUUUCAAGUUUAUUUAGCAGUCUGCGAUGUGGGACAGUGUCAAAUGCCUUACUAAAGUUUAGAUAUGCUACAUCUACAGCUCCCCCUUGAUCUAUUAUUUUCGUCACAGAGUCAAAAAAGUCAGUAAGAUUUGUUUGGCAUGAUUUCCCACCAGUAAAUCCAUGCUGUUUUGGAUCCUGUAAGUUGUCUGAUUUAAGAUAUUCCACAACUCUUUCUUUUAAUAGUUUUUCCAUUACUUUCCCCACUACUGAUGUAAGGCUUACUGGUCUGUAGCUACCUGCUUCUUCCCUGCUUCCACUCUAUUGCAGUGGAACUAUAUUUGCUCUUUUCCAGUCCUCUGGAAUGGCACCUGUAAAUAGAGACUGGUUAACUAAUUCUGUUAAAGGUGUAACCAACACAUCUUUUAGCUCUUUGAGUAUCCUUGGGUGUAUCCCAUCUGGCCCCACUGAUUUAUCCACUUUUAGUUUUGAAAGUUCUGCUAGGACCUUCUCCUCUGUAAAUGUACUUUCAUCUACCAGUUUUUUAUGAAUGUCCUUGCAACUUAACUGUGGCCCCAUACCUUCUUCUGUAGUAAAUACUGAGCAAAAAUAAUUAUUUAGGUGAUCUGCUAUUGCCUUAUCUCCCUCCACCAAAUGCUCACUCUCUGCCUUAAGUCUUAUUAUUCCUCCAUUUGAUUUUCUCCUUUCACUUAUAUACUUAAAAAAGUUUUGCCCCCUUUAUCUACUGACUGGGCCAUUUUCUCCUCAGCUUCUGCCUUUGCAUGUCUUAUCACUUUCUUAGCAUCCCUCCGUCUGUCCAGAUACACCUCUUUGUCGUUAUUAUUUUGAGUCUGUUUGUAUUUCCUAAAAGCCAUCUUUUUUGCCUUCACACUAGUUGAUACUUCUUUUGUGAACCACACUGGUUUCCUUUUCCUGGUGCUUUUCCUAACCCUUUUGAGUUAUUCCUGAACAUUCAUCAUAGAACAUAUAUCCCCACAGGGGAUAUUUGAUGGGCUCUUCUUCCUCACCUCAGUGUUAUAGAUGUCAAGAAAAUAACGCAGAUUUAUACCAUUGUAUAUGGUCCUGCCCAAAAGUUAGGCUCUUCUCGCUUAAAGUUUAUAGAUAUGCAUUAGUUAACUUGGUCAAUUACAUACCAUUUACCCCAGAAUGGGCUAUUUUCUGGAUUUUGCCUUAAGGUCAACGGGUGUCCCGAGGUUGCCGCAAAUUAUUAUUCAUUUUAAGUUCAGCAGCUAAGAAGACCAUUUUGCAAGUAUGGAACCAACCAGAAACACCCCCAUUUUCCCUAUUUAAAGAAAAAGUUUUUUUAUUUAUUUCGAAUGGAUUGGUUAGAGGCAUCAGUAGAUAAAGAAUCCAGAGUGGCUACAUUUUUUGAACUCUGGGAAAGCUAUAUUUUAAUCCUUCCCGACCAGACUAAACUUUUACUUGUCAAAUGCUUUUCGACAACUGCAUGGUACUUAACAAGAUUGGUAGAUAAUGACCCACCAAUAUAAAGUGGGUAUUUGUUUACCUAUUAAUUUAUUUUUUCUUUAUUUUUCUUUAUUCUGUUUGGGGUCUCGCGCGGUGUGUCCUAUAUUUGUUCUACAUUUCUGUGUGUUUAUUCCUAAACUGUUCUUGUGUGGACUGGUAAUCUCGAUGGGAAUGUUACAUUCUUUCUAUGAUAAUCCACUGCUGGUAAUAUACGAGAUGAAUUGUAUUUAUAGGCACAUCUUUGUUAACGCAUACAAUGGAAAUAUUUGUUAUAUGU